UGAAUGUCAACAACUGUGAAUGAUUGAAAUGAAAGAUGUAGAAUGACAGCUGUCAACUGGCCUUUCCUUUCUUUCCGGUGACUGCUCCACAAAAGACGCUAAAGAUGUUUAUGCCAAAGGCUCAUCGCGUAGCUAUCUACGAGUACCUCUUCAAAGAGGGUGUGAUCGUUGCCAAAAAGGAUUUCCAUGCACCUAAGCAUCCUGAGUUGGAAACUAUUCCAAACUUACAUGUUAUCAAAACUUUGCAGUCCCUGCACUCGCGCGGUUUGGUUAAGGAGCAAUUCGCAUGGAGACAUUAUUACUGGUAUUUGACCAAUGAAGGCAUUGAAUACCUUCGCAGUUACUUGCAUUUGCCUCCAGAAAUUGUGCCAGCCACAUUGAAACGUCCAGCACGUUCAGAGACAAUGCGUCCACGCCCAGCUGCUUCUACCCGUACUGGUGAUUCUUCCAAAACCGGCGAGGAUCGCACAGCGUACAGACGUGCUCCAGGUGGACCCGAUAAGAAGGGUGAUGCUGGUCCCGGUGCUGCUGAUGUUGAUUUCCGUGGUGGUUUCGGACGUGGUGCUCGUCCUCAAUAAAAAGUGACCAAUAAAAUAUUUUAUUUAUAUUUUGUUGGAAAAUGAUGAUCCAGGCGGGAGUUUUUAUUUUAAAGUAAAUAAAAGAUAAACAAACAAAA